AUGCAAAAACAAUCAAUUUCAAAGAUUUUUUUCAUUAUUGCGGCUUUAUUGAUUUGGCUGCUCAAAUAUACUUCCUGUGAAAUUACAACUUCCUCCAAAACCAAUGGAACAAUUUUAAAUGAAAAAUUAAUGAAUGAUCCUGGAGAAUGUGUUGGAAACUUAACACGAAGAAAUCAUCCAUCAGCCGAUCCCUUAGGAUGUUAUAUACUUAAUUCAUCCUUUCACAUUGAUACUUUAGACGGUCUUUCGAAUUUAAACUUUUCUGAUCCAUAUAAAGAUCAAGAUGGCAAUUUAAUGGAUCCCGGCCUAUGCAUCAUUCAUUGUGCCGAUUAUCUUUUUAAAUUUGCAGCACUUACAAAUGGAAAUAAGUGCAGAUGUGGAAAUAACACUGGUUUAGAUGCGUACACUAAAUUAACUGAUGAAUCAUCAAUCAAUAAAACUUGUAAUUUCAAAUGCGUUGGUAAUUCAAGUUAUAUAUGUGGUGGAAAAGAUGGCUACACAAUUUAUGACGCAUUAAAGUCUAUUUCAAGUUACAGUGCACCUACUAUUGAUAUCAAUAAAAAACUUGAAAUAAUUCAUAACCUUACUAAAAAUGUUCGAUACAAAGGGUGUUAUAAGGAUAGUCCUUAUUGUAAUCAAAGACUUUUAAAUGGUACUUCAGAAGAAGUUUCCGGUAUGACAAUAGAAUCAUGCUUAACUUAUUGUUGGCAAAGAAAUUUUACAUAUAUGGGGUUAGAAGUUGGAUCACAAUGCUUUUGUAAUAAUGAUUACAAUAGUUUAACCAGUCUAUCAGUAGAAGAUUGUAGUUCUAGUUGUGAAGGCAAUAAUUCAGAGAUCUGUGGAGGUCCCUUAGCCGUUAGUAUAUAUAAUGCUUCUAAUUACGGUUCAGUUAAUAAUGACCCAGUACCUUCAGGCUUAAGUAAGGGUACUAUUGUCGGUCUUAUCGUUGGUGGCACUGUUGUUGGCAUUGCUAUUUUUGUAUUGAUCAUAUGGCAUUGUUUUGUAGGAGAAUGUGGACACUUUAGUCAUUAG